GCAAAUUUUUAACCGGCGGCGGGGGUAUCAUCGCUGGAUUCCCACUUCCCCGCAAGAAAGCGCAGAUCCUAUCGAGACCGCGGAAACCCAGGACAUGGCCCCGAAACUCUCCCAACCCUUCCAUCUACCGAUCCUCGCCCUCCUUCUCUCCUCGAUGCUCGCUGCGAGCCAUGAAGACCCAACGAGGAGAACCAUGGAGGAGUUCUCCGGCUACCCAACUGAUCCGCCUCACUCUUUCUUUUCUCUCUCCCCUUCUUCAUUGUCCGUCGACAAGGAGAGCGUGCAGAGGCAGAUAGAUGAGCUCUCGACCUUUUCUGACACUCCUGCGCCAUCAGUGACUCGUGUCUUGUACAGCGAGAAGGAUGUCUUGGCUCGAAGGUAUAUCAAAAAACUGAUGGAGCAAGCUGGUCUCUCUGUUCGUGAGGAUGCUGUGGGUAACAUAUUUGGUCAAUGGAGCGGUUCUGAGCCAGCACUUGCAGCAGUUGCUACUGGUUCUCAUAUCGACGCCAUUCCAUAUUCUGGAAAAUAUGAUGGGGUUGUUGGUGUUUUGGGUGCAGUAGAAGCAAUUAAUUUGCUAAAAAGGUCUGGCUUCCAGCCCAAGAGAUCAUUGGAGGUAAUUAUGUUCACAUCCGAGGAGCCUACACGUUUUGGAAUUGGUUGCUUGGGCAGCCGCUUAUUGUCAGGGAGUGAGACAUUAGCUAAUGCUCUUAAAGAAACAGUUGAUGGUCAAAAUAUAUCUUUCUUUGGCGCUGCUAAAUUUGCUGGUUACAACAUACAUGAAGAACACUUGUCAAAUGUCUUUUUGAAGAAAGGCAGUUAUUUCGCUUUUCUAGAAUUGCAUAUAGAGCAAGGCCCUGUUCUGGAAGACGAAGGUGUUUCAAUUGGCAUUGUCACUGCAAUUGCUGCACCUGCAAGUAUCAACGUGGAAUUUGAAGGCAAUGGUGGUCAUGCUGGAGCUGUCCUUAUGCCAGCAAGAAAUGAUGCAGGACUUGCAGCGGCGGAGUUGGCACUAGCUGUUGAGAAGCAUGUGCUAGACUCUGGAUCUAUAGACACUGUAGGUACUGUAGGUAUUUUGGAGCUGCAUCCAGGAGCAAUCAACAGCAUUCCAAGCAAAUCACAUUUAGAAAUUGAUACACGAGACAUUGACGAGAAGAGAAGAAACUCUGUAAUUGAAAAAAUCCAUCAAUCUGCAAUUGAUAUAGCUAAGAAUCGCAGAGUUAAAUUAUCAGAAUUCCAAAUUAUAAAUCAGGAUCCUCCUGCCCUUUCUGAGAAAUCAAUAAUCAAUGCCAUGGAGGUUGCAGCGCAACAUUUGAAUCUUAGUCACAAGCUUAUGAUCAGUAGAGCCUACCAUGAUUCGCUCUUCAUGGCCAGAAUAUCACCAAUGGGCAUGAUCUUCAUUCCAUGCUAUAAAGGUUUCAGCCAUAAGCCUGAAGAGUAUGCCUCAAUCGAUGACAUCGCAAAUGGGGUCAAGGUAUUAGCCCUGACCCUAGCUAAAUUAUCACUAGCUACAUAUUGUGGCGCCGCAUAGCACCUGCAUAUAUAUGUUUAAUGGAUGUAAGAAUUUAGAUUACAUUGGAAGAACUCUGUAGUACAUGGCAUGUAGCAAACUAGCAAUUUUGCAUUUCGGGUGUUACACCGAAAUCUGAGGUGCAUGAUGAAAUAAAUACUAGCUGGCCGUUUACAUCCAUUGGAAACUAAA